CUUUUGGGCAUUUUCAUUCUCUCGUGUCCCUUGACUGCUUCAUCACCAGUCCCACGCUCCCUCAGCACCACCUCGUUAUCCACAUCCGUCCGGUCGCUAGCUUCGAUCGACGUUCCAGCCAACCCAUCCAGAUCGGCAGCAUUCCUUGUGCCCCCGCCUUGGAUCCGCGACUGUUAACUCAUACAUUCCUUUCCAGCCCCAUCCGCCAACCGCCUUCGUAUCUGGUUAUACGCCGUCUCAGCAUCAUUCCCUCAUUAAGCGCUGCUGGACAAGUUGCGACACUCCGCAUUAUCCUUCCUCUCGACACUGAACAUAUCCAUCAAAAUGGUUUCAAAGUCCCUUAUCGCCCUGGCGGCUGCCACCUUCGCUGGCGAAACUCUUGCUGCUAGCAUCCAUCGCGGUCAUGAACACCAUCACCUUGGCAAGAGGGACAUGGUUACCCAAAUGGUGACCCGUACUGCCUGGACUACCGUCACCGUCACUCUUGGCCAGAGCGUCAACGCUGCUCCGACCGCCGUCGACAACAACACCAAGCUUACCAAGUCCCGUUCGCCCAGCUCUAGCACCGCCGUCGCUGCGCCGGCCGAGGCUAGUUCUGCUGCGCCCUCGAGCAACACCAUUGCUCACAACGUCAACGUUGUCGAUGCUGCUGCCAGCCCGUCUGCCACACAGAACAGCGCCCCUGCUGCGACCCCCUCCACCACCACCACCACUGUAGAGUCGACUGAGGACCAGUCGAGUGGUCACCGCCUCCAGCGCGGUCUUGCCUACAACGACGGCAAGCUCCUCCAGGGCUUCCUUGGAAGUGGCUCCAAGGCCACGUGGGUUUACAACUGGGGUCAGGUGGACGAUUCUGGCACUGGUCUUGAGUUUGUCCCCAUGCUUUGGGGCGUUGACAAGGGUUUUCCCCAGUCCUGGGACGCCAAUGCCCAAAAGGCUAUUGACGCCGGCUCCAAGGCGUUUCUCAGCUUUAAUGAGCCUGACCUCAGCUCUCAGUCAAACAUGUCUCCGCAGGAUGCUGCUGCUAAUCACAUCAAGUAUAUGAACCCCUGGGCCGAAAAGGUUCGCAUCAGUUCUCCGUCCAUCACCAACUCUGAUGAUCCGAACAUGGGUCUCAACUGGAUGCAGAAGUUCUUCGAUGCCUGCAACGGACAGUGCAAGGUGGAUUUCUUGGCCCUUCACAGCUAUGGAACUGACGGACCCACCGUCCUCAACCACCUUCUCGAUGCCUACAGCCGCUUCGAGAAGCCCGUCUGGGUCACCGAGCUUGGCUUUGACGGCGAUGACGACAAGAAGAACCAGGCUAUGGAAUACGUUCUUGAUCACUUGGAGAACAACUCUACCUUCUCGUUCGUGGAGAGGUUCACCUACUUCAUGGUUGCGGAGGGUGAGAUGUUGCGCAACUCGCAACUGACCACCUUCGCCAAGACUUUUGCCUAUGGUGCUUAAGCAGUUAUACCAUCUGUCACUUUGAGAAGAUUUAACUAUGGACUUGGUUCUGCAUGUUAAAAGAUCUUGCCAGUUUUGGUUCAAGCUAUCACCAUCUCCGCAAUCUUGGUCUUAACCAUAGGCUUUGUUUUCUUGUUCUCACCCUUUCGCUUAGCUGUCUUUGAAAUAUCCUGGGAACAAAGGAGUGGCGCAUUAGGAUGGAUGGAGAAUAAGAAGGAGCAGUAUGGAUUGACGGGUGGACAAAAACUGGCUUUGCCUUAUUUUUAUUUUUUUGAGGAACGUUUCUUACAUCUUACACUCCAUUUCUUUGUGCAUAAAUUGCAUCGCAAACUUUUUUUUUCUUCCUUCUUCAUACCCGUACGACUUGCAAUCACGUCUACACAUCGCAAUCCUUCUUUUGACGAUGUUGCCGUUUUGCAUGGACGUCUUUUUACAAUCACACAUGUUGAAUCACCCACAUGUGUUUUUUUUUUCUCAACUAUUUUCAAGCUUUGUAUGUAUGGAAAACAAGGAUCAAGGCAAAAGGCUAUGAUGAUAUCAAUGAACGACGUUUCACGAUGGCAUAGAAGAGGACGGCGAAUACCUGCUGGAUGGGGAGUCCUCGUGUGCAUAAAAUGAAGAUCAUUCCACAGAGAAGAGGAAUCCGAGUAUCUGCCAAAUGACGGUGUAAACGUCACCACU